UGCGCUGUGCGAGGUCGAAUGCUCUGCGCAAUGUGGUGUCGACGGCCUGGUCGGCGAAUGACAUCGUCUCCGUCUGGCGGGGCCGCAGCAGGCAAGGCGGUGGCAGAAUCGGCGCUAGAUUUCGUAAAAAGUUCGAAAAGUUCGACCAGUUCGACGCCCAUAGGUCGGUCGCGAAACACCAUUUCCGAUCCGCCCAGCUCCUCACAUACACAAGCGCAAAUAUGGGUGGAAUGAGAGGCAAGAACAAGCAGGGCAUGCCCGAGCCCCUCGACGAAUCGCUCGUCACACGCAAGAGGAAGGACUACGAGGCGCCCGCGCCGAAGGAGCAGAAGCGGAGAAGAACAGACGCAAAGGCCAAGGCGAAGGCGAAGGCUGCGCCGGCAUCAAAGAAAGCUGCAGCUACAAAUGGCGCGGCGGCUAAGAAGAGCGCUACGAAGCCUGCACACCGUGCUAAGCCGACCAAGAAGACUGCGCCGCCUCCGGCAUCCGACGACGAGGAAGAGUUCUCGGACCUCUCCGACGAUGAUGUGAUGGAAGACGCUGGUGGUGCCGUCAAGGUCUCUGGCCUGGAUGCGCUCGGCAGCGCCUCGGAAGACGACAGCGAAAUCGACGACGACGACGACGACUUCGACUCGGACGUAGAGACCGGCAAGAAGGCCAUGUGGUCGGACGACGACGACGACGAAGACGUGCAAGAGCAGCUCACGGCGGCCAACAUCGAGGGUCUGUCGCGGAAGCUGGACAUGCAGAGGGCCAUUGAGGAGGCCGAGGCGCAGGCUGAGCUCGAGGAGGGCAACAUGCAGACCAACAUCGCGCCAGGGGACAGGCCGAAGGUGCUGGACGACGAUGAGGACGAGCAAGGUCGCAAGAUCUCGAACCUCGUCACACAGGACAUCCAGCUUCUCCGAACGCGACUCAACGACACCAUCCGCGUGCUGGACGACUUCAAGAACCUGGCUGAGCCCGGCCGCGACAGGGCCGAGUACCGCGCGCAGCUGCUGAAGGACAUCUGCUCGUACUACGGCUACUCUGAAUUCCUCGCAGACAAGCUCCUCGGUCUGUUCCCUGCCCGCGAGGCCUUCGCGUUCUUCGAGGCCAACGAGACACCCCGACCGAUCGUCAUCCGCACCAACACCCUCCGCACACAUCGUCGUGAGCUCGCGCAGUCGCUCAUCAACCGCGGCGUGCAGCUCGAGCCCGUCGGCAAGUGGUCCAAGGUCGGUCUGCAGAUCUUCGACGCCCACGUCCCGCUCGGUGCAACACCCGAGUACUUGGCUGGUCACUACAUUCUGCAAGCUGCCUCUUCGUUCCUUCCUGUCAUGGCCCUUGCACCCCAGGAGAACGAGCGCGUGCUCGAUAUGGCUGCUGCUCCCGGUGGUAAGACGACGCAUUUGGCCGCCCUGAUGAAGAACACGGGCUGCAUCUUCGCCAACGAUGCCAGCAAAGAGCGUUCCAAGGGUCUGAUUGGUAACAUCCACCGUCUGGGUGUGCGAAACGCCAUCGUGUGCAACUACUCCGCGCUCGAGUUCCCCAAGGUCAUGGGCGGGUUUGACCGCGUCUUGCUCGACGCGCCCUGCUCCGGCACCGGUGUCAUCGCAAAGGACGCCAGUGUCAAGACCAACAAGACCGAGGCCGACUUCAUGAAGCUCCCCCAUCUGCAGAAGCAGCUACUCCUGGCCGCCAUCGACUCGGUCGACCACCACAGCAAGACCGGCGGCUACAUCGUGUACUCGACAUGUUCCGUUACCGUAGAGGAAAACGAGCAAGUCGUCCAGUACGCGCUGAAUAAGCGCCCGAACGUUAAGCUCGUCGAGACAGGCUUGACAUUCGGUAAAGAAGGCUUCACCAAGAUCGGCGGCAAGAUCUUCCACCCCUCCAUGAAGAUGACGAGGAGAUACUACCCGCACACCUACAACGUCGACGGCUUCUUCGUGUCCAAAUUCAAGAAAAUCGGCCCCACGCCGCCCAACGCCGUCGGCGCCUCCCGCGCUGCCAACGGCCAGCCCUCUUCCGUACCGACCGGCCAGGACGAGUACGUCGACAAGACGCCCAUCCUGACCGAAGACGAGGCCGCAGCAGACGACUUCGGCGGCUUCGACGACGAGGAGGAUAAGGCGUAUAUCGAGCGCGGUCAGGCGAGGGACGCGCGCCGCAAGGGCAGGGAUCCAAAGGCGGACCCGAGCAAGGCGACGGAGAAGAAUGGGAAGGAGAAGAAGGGCGGUGGCAAGGAGGUAGUUGGCAAGGAGGCCAAGAUCGAGGCGAAGAGCAAGGCAGAGCCCAAGGCAAAAGCCGUGGCUGAGGUCAUCGCUGAAGUCAAGGUCAGCAAGAAGGGCAAGAAGGCGAAGACCGACAGCGCCGUCGCCGUCACCCAAGUCUCGCCCGCCAAGCCCGAUAAGAAGGCAAAGAAGGCCGACGUCGCGUCCCCCAAGGCGAAUGCGGCGGUCAAAAGUCCCAAGUCCAACGGCGCGGACAAGAAACCCCGCAGGAAAAGCGGCGAUAAGAAGAUGAUCGCGUAGUUUUGGCUCGGUCUGGCGCGGUAGAAUGAGGGUACGAGAUAACACAACGGUUUAUGGGGCUGUGAAUCGCAUUUCAUUUCGUGACUGCGAUGCUGUCUCGCUUUGCGCGUGCGUUUUCAGAUCUCGGUGCGAUAGCCACGUGUAUGUGAUGUCCUGCUGGGUUUGCUGGUGACGGCAAGGAAUGGGACGUCAUCGGGGGUGGGGGGGAUGCCGGCGGCAAGAUGCAAGAUGUAAGCGUGUGUUUCUUCUCGUUUAACGCGGCAUGGGGAUGUGAGUGAAUACCUCGGAGCUGGUUACAUAGAGGGUUCUAAAGGAGCGGAUGUCUUUGUGCGCCGGGGAUUGUUUGGAGCGUCGCUAUGGAAGAUGUGGUGGGUGAUCCCCUCCAUAUCUACAUGUUGGACCGUCUCGAAUACCAUUUUGAGUGAAUAUUGAGUCCAAAUCGCCCAGAGCAUUG